AUGGUGGUCGGGGGCCGUCCGCGGGUCCAGAGCGUGCGCUCCACCUCCGCAGCAAGCAUCGCCGACAGUCUUAAGGCGCCCGCUGUCAGUGCGCGGAUUCCAGGCUUUACCAUCCCGCUAGCUUUCCUCUCUUCUCUCCGCGCAAACCUCCAAAUCCCUUUCGAGGACGUGAAUUCUUUCAGCAAUUCCGGGUCAUUGGCCACCACCCCCGACUGCCUUUAUCCUGUAACACCGCUGCAUCCUCCUAGUACCACGGGCGAUCUUCCUUCGCUUGCAUCUCUCCCAAGUGAUCCCGAAGAUGCCGACCUUACCCACUCUCCUACGCAUAUUUCGUCUUCUCAAUCCCCAACCUGGACGUAUCACGCAACCACGGACGAUGAUCGACGUGAAGCGCUUCGUCUGAUUGCCGACAGCGUGGCGCAACAGCGCUGGUUCGCUGUUCGAUGUAUUGUCUUCCAUCCAGCCGUGCUGUGUCUCGCUCUCUUUGUGUUGACCAUUCUGGUACGCUAUGCGUACUACCAUCCUGGGACUGCGCCUAUCGUGGCAGCAAUCGGUGCUGCGUGUUUGGCGGGAGCGUUGAUCGCAAUCUACCGCAUGACCUAUGGCUACCUCCAGCUGGCAGAAACGGUCAGCACCUUUGCCUGGCUCAAGGAGGGAUUAUGGUCGCGCAACAAUCACGGGGAUGGGGGAGCUGGAUCCGCAGGCGGAGCCAAACAUCAUCACCACCACCAUCAUCUUCUACCCGCUGAGGAUGAGAUUUUAUUGACCAAAUACGGGGACGAGAUUGUCGGAGUCUUGGUCCUGAGGACCGCGCGGACCAACGCUCUCACAUCCGGCGCGCCCUCAGCCAACGGGAUCCGCGCCCUUCGACGCCGACAAAGCAACAGCUUUUCCUCCAUGUCAGGACGACUGACGGGGGUGAUCCGUGCUUGGACCGUCAAACGGCCCUAUCGCCGUCGAGGGAUCGGUCGAAUGCUGUUAGAGUCUGCCGUCUCCAUCUGCCGUGUCCGACGGCUAGACGGACCGAUUUUCGCAGAGGAGCAUCAUGCUCACGCUGUGAAACUGCUCCCUUGGUUCUUCAACAAAGGGUUUGAGAAGCAGGAAGAAUGGGCCCGAUCGCUGCUGAGAGAGGUGAUAGAGGGAGAGAGAAAGACUGGCUGA